UAACAUAUAAAAUAUACAUUUAAAGUUAGCCACACUUACUGGCAUAUUCAGGGUCGACUGAGGCUUUUUAAAGCCAUUUUACCAUCUUUGCAGAUGACCAGGAUCUUUGCUCAUAAAUAGUAAAUUUUCUCUUUAAUAUUCAGCAGAGAUAGUGAUCUAGUCAUGAGAGCAUAAGUGGAACCAGGAAUUUCUGCCCCUUGCUCAGAUAUAAUCUCACUUAAACUCUCUUUGUUCCUAUUUCCCCAUCUGUGAAAUGGAGACUGUACUUAUCCACCUCAGGCAUGUUGUGAAAGCUGAUAAGUUAUAAACAUUAACAUGCUUUGACGGUGGAAAGGGCUGUAUAAGUGCGAAGUAUUUUUAUUCCUUUCCCUCCCCAAUUAGACUAACUCCAUUUCAGUGUCUCCUCCUCUCAUAGGUCUUGGCUGCUGAUAGCACCCCUAGCUGGUCAACCAUGGCACUGUUGGCGCUCCCUGCCUCAGUUUCCUUCCCUGAGGUGGGUCCCCUCAGCUCUCCACAUACUGGUCUAUGCUGGAGAUGUGGUUUAGCCUUCUGGCCAAUUGAUUAAAAAAACAAAACGUAAUCCCUUUUGGAGUAGCAGAAGUCAAAGCUCUUGUUUUGUUUUUUGUUCUGCCUGGGGGCUUCUCUUCAGCCCACCCUCUGGGUCUUAUUCCCAGGGCCUCUUUCUGGGGUAGAGCGCUUAGCUCCCAGGCUGGUUCUCCUAGAGUACCAUCCUCAGGGCCUUCCCUGGGAACCUACCUGCUCCCCAUGGCUCCGUUCUCCAAACUGAGCUUUCUCAGCCCUCUUGUAAGGCCCAGGUAUACAUUAACUAUCACCUGACCCUCUUUAAUCCAGCCCCUCUCAGGGUAGGAAGCAACUAAUUAAUUAUGGCACAGGUGUGUCUGGGCCAAUCUUCCCCUUAAAGGUGCCUGUGAUACCUCCCCAUUCUAAUUGUGGUUCCUAUGUGCCAUUGCUCAAUGACCCUGGGUAAGAAGAGUAAGCAACUAACAGAGGAGAUCAUCGUGACUGUUUCCUCUAGAUUUUGUCUAGACAUCGUUUAUGCAUCCCUUUUGGUUGAGACACUCCACUGGCUGCUUUUUUUCUGACUAAUGGUGCAGUACAGAGCCAGUGCUGCUGUCUUAGGGUCAGUCAGAAAUGAGAUCUGAAUUGGCUUUAUGGUAUGGGAGGGAGAGGGACAAAACAGCCUAUUAGUAUAUUCUCCACCAUUCCUGCAGAAGGGAAGUAAGAGAUAAAGUUACACUGUCUCUUUUACAUGCAUGAUUUUAAAAGCAAUCGGGAUGAGAAGCCAGACGGCUGCUGUAUAAACCUUGGAAAUAAGGCGUAGCCACUACUUGAUGUUAUGGGGCAAGGCACUAGAAUGGUAUCUUGCACUUAUAUAGUGGCUUCCCUCUUUGGAACUUACAAUAUGUACAAGACCGUGAGCUGAUCAGAUACUGUGGUAAAGAGGACCAGAUAAGUACCUCAGAUAGGAAUAAAUGCAGAGAGAAGCGAGUUGACCAAGAUCUGACAACAGGUCCAUGUGAAUCCACCCUUUGCCUCUACCAGAAUCUCUUCCUCUGAAGCCAUCACCAGUGUGUGGAGCCUGCCGCACACCCAUCACCUACCAAACCACGGCCUUUACCUGUGUCUUCCGUUGUUUCCCGUGUGACCCUUCUUGUGGGAGCGCCUCCUGGGCUACCCCAGAGUUCACGCAGCAUUCAGUGGCUCCAAUGGUGAAGAUGACGAGGUCCAAGACUUUCCAGGCAUAUCUGCCUUCAUGCCACAGAACCUAUAGCUGCAUUCACUGCAGGGCUCAUCUUGCCAAUCAUGAUGAACUCAUUUCCAAGUCCUUUCAAGGAAGCCAAGGGCGAGCAUACCUCUUCAAUUCAGUAGUUAAUGUGGGUUGCGGCCCUGCAGAGGAGCGGGUGUUACUAACAGGAUUACACGCAGUUGCAGACAUUUAUUGUGAAAACUGCAAAACCACACUGGGCUGGAAAUAUGAACACGCUUUCGAGAGCAGUCAGAAGUAUAAAGAAGGCAAAUACAUCAUCGAACUAGCUCACAUGAUCAAGGAUAAUGGCUGGGAUUGAAUGGGAAGAGCCCAGCUAAACCAGCGUGUAAGAGAAUGCCAUCCAACAGAACAUUAUAUCCAAGAGUGAGAGAGUGACCGAACGCUUGGUUCCAUGCAUUUAGAGGCUCUGCCAUUUGGGAGCAUCUUCACACCCUUCUCCAUCUUUAUUGGUGACUGGCCUCUAAAUUUCUGUCUCUCCGUCUCUUUGCUUUUUAUCUGUUUGUGAGUUGACCCUGGCUGCUUCUCUCUGUGUUCUGGUGUUGGCUAAGAGAAUGCACCAAAUGCCUGACAGCAUUCCAUGUUUAUGAAUGUCUAAGUACAAACUGAAGUUGGCUCUUUGGUGGCAUUUUAUCAGAAGGUAUCAGUGCGGGAGGGAGACCAGAGUUUUGGGCAGGAGGAGAGAAAAAGGGGACAGGGGCAGGAGGGGAAGUAAGCAGGAAUGAAACUGCUUUUCCUUUAAGUCCUGGUAACCGAGGCUUGAAACUAUGGACAGAAAUAUACCUCAUGACUGCGUUAUCUCUGAAUCUCGAAACUGCUGUUCCAGAGGCAGAGCUCCAGAUUAAGCUGGCUGAGCACAAGUCGUAACCAAAAGCCCCUUGCUAGCUAAUUCCUGAAACUGAUGUGCAGUUCCAUCUUUUGAUAGGUUGUUUCGUACUAUUCACACAGUCGCCUUUUGUGAACUUCUUGUUGUGGAGCUUGAUUGCUAGAGAGAUUCCCCAAGCUCUUUCCUUCUGCUUCUCCCUCCUCCUGUUUCAUAGCAGAUGGGCAAACCAUCCCAUCAGAGCAUGGCUACAACCUCAGCACUGCUGGGGAAACAAAAUUCUGAUUUUGGGCAACUGAGAGAGGAGGAGUCAAAUCAUGUAAUGUAGAGGGAGGGGCUGGUGCUGCAGUUUUUUUAGAAGAUAUGACAGAUAUGCAAGAACACGGGCAUGUGCUAGGAAAAUAUGUAGGGGGAGAGGGCUGUAGAUAAACUCAGAAACAUAUGAUGCCAUCUUUAAUUUUCCAGUCCUUACUGUGUGCCGUUAGGGCAAAUCUCUUUACCAUUGGCAAUGUAAUAGCUUGGGAUCCAGUCAUCCUAAUGUGUAAUGGGAAAAUGGCUUUAAUAGGAUCUCUGAAAUUUCAGACUCCAGCCAUCAGGUCCACUCUUUGAAUCCAUCAGAGAUGUGAUGGAACAGUAAGUGGCUCUGGUGGCUGUUAAUAUCAUGUUUCACAGACGGCUAUUUCAAGCCCUGAGGUAUCCCCCAAACCUUGACUCCUGGUGUUUUAAAAAAAACCUGUUUCAUAUUCUGGAAGACUGAAACUUAGCAUCCCCCAAAUGGCAUAGGCCUUGGAGUUGUAGGGGUAGAAGAGGUUUCGACACCUAACUGCAACGGACAAGUCCUACUUUAAUUUUUGUAAAUUAAUUUUUAUGGACCAUCUUUAUGUUGUUGGUGUGGGAGAGGGGGAGAAUGUGUAUGAAAGAAGAUAGUGUAGACCUAAAUGACCGUGUGAAGCUUCCUCUACAACAGUCCAGUCAGUAUCUCGUGCAGAACACAAGACUAUUUAACUGAAUUAGUAUUCUCCAUCCGAGUGAAUUCUUUUUGUUUGUGGAGUUAUUUCAAAGUAGGUUAAUUCUCUGGGGGAAAUCCCUCUCAAUCCAGAGAGUGAAAAAUAAUGUGCAGGGAUUCGUAGCUCCUUAUGAAAUUGAACCUUCUGAUGAUUAGAGCCUAAUGCCGCCUUUUUUUUCCAAUAUUCAGGUUAGCAGAGUUGAGAGGAUUUCAAAAUCACAUUUGCUGGUAAGUGGGGGUGGGGAUGUGUGUGCAGAGAGAGAGGCUUUAGAAGUGGGAUUAGACUUGUAUGUUGAGUACCACUGAGUAAAAUCUGAAUAGCUCAUGUGAAAAGUGGGUGUUUUCUCUCCUCACUAGAUGAGUGAUGUGUCCAUGGCAUCACUGAUAACAUGUGGUUAUUACCCAGAAGUAGGUGACAAGAUGGAGACUGAGUGUUACUUCUGGAAAGGAUGUAUUGAAUGCCUUCUUUGGCCAUUGUGUUAGGAGGUGGCUUCUGCCUUCACCCUAUCUGAUGUGAAUUACAAGACCACUUCAUCUUUGACUUCUGCUAGACUCUACUUCCAUCAUCCUCAUUCCCCUCCAUCACCGCUACCUUCAACAAAAAGAAUUCCUCAGUACCCAUUAGCUUGUUGACUCUGGCAUUGGCCUUCUCUUCAUUGCCCUUUCCACUCAAUGUUUUGUUGGUUUUGGCCAGUAAGGAGUCAUUUGCUUUCUUUGAAAAGCUCUUCUCCUUCCCUGAAAACAGUCUUUAAAGGGAUCUGAUCUGAAAUGGGAGAAAUAAGGGAUAACCCACAACAGUUUGUGUGCAGAUGGGAUGGGAUACAGAGCCAUGCCUAGACUCUGGUAAUCUUCCCUGAAUGAGUAUAAUUUUAUGCACUACAGUGAUCGCCAAUAAAAAGCCAACAUGCCUAUAAUAAUCCCCCAGUAUUCAGUCUCAAAUACUGCAGCAUUACCCCUGUAAACUGUAAUUUUUGCACCAUUAGUGUAGGAUAUGCUGUACCUCUUAAAAAAUAAGGGCAGUUACCACAGAGUGGUGUCAGAUGCAACAGUUUUUAUUCUUUGUGUACUAAGAACAAGAAGUAAUAUCUCAGAUGGCAACACGCAGUAAGAAUUUACAUAAAUUGCAUUUUUUAUGGCGACCACUGUAAAUUUGAAUAUUUGUGGCCAGAUCCUCAGUUAAUGUAAAUUGGCUUAGUUUCCUUGACUUCUAUGGUACUACACCGGUUUAAAUCAGUUGAGGAUCUGGGCCCAGAUCCUCAAAUCCUGGUAUGGAAAAUGCGCGAGCACACACACACACAGAGGCACUUGAUUGUACGUUGAUUUUUAUACACUGUAUAGAGAGAUAAGUAAAAAUGGCCUGCUAGGCUCAUUUAAUAUUUGUUCUCCCUUAUGUGUCGGCUAAACCUAAAGUGCUUCUUAUGAUGUAAGGUCCGCUGUUAACUCAUCUGUGACUUGCUGUAUUAAGACAUAUGAUAGUAUUGGGAGUUGAAAACAAAACAGAGUGAUGAAAUUUAUAGGCUAGUGGAUGGGUAUAACUAUCUAUCUGGGCAUUCUCAGUUGAUUAGUUGCAAAAGAAUAUAUUCAGAACAUAGCCAAAGAACUGCACCACUUGCAUCUCAUUGGUCGAGUCAGUUAACUGUAGCCAGUUAGUUACAUCGAAGGGUGGGUAAUGCCUGGACUUCAUUUCCAAGAUGGAGGUGCAGUCCAGAGAGCCAGCAUGUCCCGGUCUCCAUGGGCGGCAGCCUCAGCGAAGAUGAAAACUGCAAGUUUUGCUCCAUUUUCUGUCCCCCCCACCCCCUCCAGUUUCUAGCAAGCUGCCACCAAGGGCCUUGAGCAAUGCAAAUUCUGGGCACCCCUGAGUUUACAUCACAGUGUACCCCAAAGCUAAACUUUGGUAGAUUUGAAAUGUUUUGCUCAGGCGGAUUAUCUUGUGUGGCAUCGUGACCCUGUAAUAAAUAUUCAGAUGAUAAUAUAUACAGAACAUAAUAAGCAUUAUCUUAUGAAAUAUACUUUUGUAAAUAAUAUUUUAAUUUUUUUUAAAAAAUAAUAUAUUUGGUGCUGUUUUCUCAGAAUCCACCUCUGAGAGCACUUUUAUUGUUUUGUUUUUAAAUUAUACUGUUUCCUCUGUCUUAGUUGGAAAAUAUGCUUAAAGGGAAACAACAAUCAUAAAUAUAUGCUGUUUUCUUAAGUUGCUACACUUUUCACCUGGACAAGGCAGAAAAAGGGCAAAUAACCUCUAAUUCCAUCCAGCAGAAAUUACCUCUUAUACAGGCCAUUGCCAGGUUACAAACAGAGGCCCCCAAUUCAGGAAGGUACUGAAGCAUGUGUGUAACUUUAAGCACAUGGGAAUGCACACGUGUUUAAAGGUAUGCACAUGCUUCAGUACCUUCCUCAGUGCCUGAGGCCCCUGACUUGCAAUUAGAUCCAGAUAGGAAGAUCUUAAUUCCUACAUGGAGUCUCUUUAACAUCAGUGGGGCUCCAUGUAAGUGCAUAGAUCUGCCUAAGUAGAUCUGAUUGCAGGAUCAGGGCCUGAAAUAUUCUCUUGCACCAGUAUUGGCUAGAAUAAAAUAAAUAAUGAAGAUUUAGAAUGUGGAAGUGAAUUUAAGUUGCAACCUCAGAAUCUUUAUUUCCCGUUGCUUGGGGCAAUAGGGCCAGAGGAUGGAGAAUUCUAACUAAUCAGGAAUUCUUAUUCGCUUUGCAAAUAUUUUUGGAUGUGGAUCCUGGUUUUAAUUUUGCUUUUAAUAUAAAUAAACCAGGCUGCUACAUAGUGAAUUAAAGUAAAAGUUUACAUCUCUGGCAGUAAAGUUCUUUCCCCUCUCCUCUUUGUCUUUUUUCCCCUCCCCUCUCCCCCUUAGUUUUUAUUUCAUUGGUCUUCUUGUUUAUCUCAAAGUGGACCAACAGCACAAAUCAUUAGACUGUGUUUUGCUGAGUAAGGAGCUAUUUGCAGUGCUGAGUAACUGUUGCACAUUCUUUUAUUUUCUCUUUUUGGUGCACACAUUUUAAAGGCAACAAAACCUGCACAUGGAAUCUGUGGUUCUUGUGAGGAUCAGCUAAGAAUUUUCUCUUUAUGCGUUUUCCUAAUUGAUAUGUGAGUGUAUUAAUCAUGCAUUUCAUUGCACUUCCUCACUUCAGAAGAAGCAUCACGUUUUUAUAUGAACCAGUUCUUGGACAAGCAUCCUGUUGGGUAAACAGAUUUGAAAUGCAGAGCUCAGCUAGGUAGUAAGAGCUCUCCUUGCCAGAUGAGAGGCCUGAGAAAUGGAACGUUCAGAAACAAAAAUGUUACGCAUUGAGUUGGAAGAAUCCUGUUUGUUCUUUUAAAACAGGAAGGGAAAAUAAAAUCACACUUAAUAUAAAAAAAAGUUGACAUUUAAAUGCAAGCAGAAUGAUGUUGUGUAAGGUACAAUCACAAAUAAGCUAUUCUCGUAGUUACAAACUGUACACAUCCUUUGUUUUGUUUUUCAUAAGGAAAUGGGAAUGCUUUCUCACUGACAAAAUGAAGACAAUAUUUCCAGUACCAGCCUGUCUAUUGAUGCUCUUGUGUUUACAAACUGUGUAUACUUUUAUUUCUUUGAUUUGAUUUAACUAUAUUUUUGGCAUAUUCUUUCAGGUCAUAUUGCUUCGGUAAUAAAUGCAAUUGUUUGUUUUUAGAUAAUUUGUCUUCACCUCUUUGUGUCUUUGUACAUUGUACAUAGUUCUUCAGUAUUAGAGGGAGGCAUACUGUUUGUCAGAUUUACAAUAUGUGUUGGUGCUCAUUUGAGAAAAUAAAGUUUUCAAAUAUUAAAA